ACACGCACACACACACACACACACACACACACACACACACACACACACACACACACACACACUAGCAGAGAUCGACGCCUGCCAGCAAGAUCGUGUUUGAAAAUGUCAAAAGCUAAUUGGUGUAUCUAAUUUAAGUAAUUUACAUUUUGUUCAAAAGGUCUUCUCCGCUUUGCUAACUGAAUUGUAAAAAAACACCUCCAAAUGUGUCAUUGACACCACAAGUCAGCAGGAAUGAACAAUGUUUCCCAGAAGUGAUGCCAGAGAGGAAUAAAGUUACAGUUUCAAGCCCUUCAACUUGGAAGAUAAUAAGCUUACGUUACAUUAGCUUUUUCUCUUUGCGAGAAAUUUAUUUAUUUUGAAUCUUUUGUUUUGAUGCAUUGAAACCCCACACUCAAAAGAAAGAUUUCCGUCAAACCCUGGUCAGUCUUCCUCAUGUCCUCCAUCCUGGUUAUCAUUGUAGUUAUAGGGUUCUACAAGCAAGCUGUUUGCUGUUCAAUCCCUCAUCUUAUUUCCUAUGGCAACACAGACCUAAAGCUAUCAACGGCCAUCAUUGUGUCUUAAUGUCUUCCUGUGUCGUUAAGAGGGACAGAGUGCAUAAUCUAACAGGCCAUUAAAACUGCAGAUAACGCUUCUGGGAGGACAUUGUCUAGUCACCUGCUCCACAUUAGUGGAUUGGAACAAGAUUCAAAGACUACAAAGUACACACACUUCCACCUUCAGGUGUUUAUGGGGACACGCUUAUACACUUGAUGAUGAUGAUUCCACUUUGGUGAAUGUUAUCAGCCCAAAAAUACAUGCAUGUAUACAAUGAUUAUAUCACUGUGGUGUGUCUCAACACAACUCCCUAAUGCCCAGGUGCCAACAAUUUCAUAUGAAUAUUAAUAACAUAAACGUGUACAUCGUAAUAAUAAACACAUGUGAUGUAUAACUGAUAAAUGGUUUAUAUCUCUAAGCAAACUUCACAAAAACCUAAAUAAAAAAACUAAUAUAAUUACCUGAUCCAAUCAUUCCAGAAUGUGGACAGUAGGCCUAUGUACAGUACAAGAUUUAAAAUAGUUUUUAGGUAUAAUAAUAUGUAUGAUGGAAUAAACUGAAACACUCCCACACCACUUGCACACUUGCACCAUGUGCAUGCGCUCACACUACCGCUCAUACCACCAAUGUUUUUUUUCUUUUGGCUUUGUGACUCAGUCUGACACUCGUCUUAACAAAGUGGCACACUAUCAGCUCGAGGUGUGAGAAGGAGCACUGCACGCCGCGUCCUCGCGUGGCUCAAGUGCUUGCAUGAGUGACAGACUUGACCACACAAUUGAUGACAAUUGUUAAGCAGAGGGCUUAGAUUUCAGCACACUGUCGCCGGUGUAAUUCCAGAAGGCUAUAAGGGCCUCCUGACGUCUACUAAUGGCUCUCUAUAUAUGCUGCCGGUGUCACAACGCCCACUGGGCCAGAGUACGGUGUCUUCGUACCAGCCUCCCUCCUCCGGUCCACCAGUGUCGCCAGGGGGGAGAAUGAAGAGGCACGGCGCCAGGAGCCUCCUUCUCAUCCUAUCCACCAUUUCCUAUUUGCUUGUAGGGGCAGCUGUGUUUGAUGCGCUCGAGUCGGAAAGGGAGAGCACACGAAAAACUGUUUUGGAGCAAAAGAUGAAGGAAAUCCGAGAUAAGUACGCGUUCACUGAAGGAGACUUCCAGCAAAUUGAAAGAGUGGUCGUUCAGUCUGAGCCACAUCGAGCCGGGCGGCAGUGGAAAUUCGCAGGCUCUUUUUAUUUUGCCAUCAGCGUUAUCACAACCAUUGGCGAGUAGUUCUCCGCCGUUUUCCUUUCUUUUCCUGACUAACCAAACAGCAGCUUUCAGCAGUUCAAACAUUUCUGUUCAUGUGUGCAUGUAGGCUUAUCUUUGUGUGACUGCUACUCUUGCCUACUGUUUGUCUGACCCACUAUUGAGUAUUAUUUUCUCUUUGAAGCUGGCAGCGUCGUUUAAAAAGUAAUAGCAAACUACUACUGUGACUUCGUAGGUUACGGCCACACUGUUCCCUGUACAGAUGCGGGCAAGGCAUUCUGUAUGAUUUACGCUGUGUUGGGAAUCCCUCUGACACUGGUCAUGUUCCAGAGCCUGGGCGAGAGGAUGAACACACUGGUGCGCAGCCUGCUUCGCCACGCCAAGCGCCUCCUGGGCCUGCGGGAGGUGGAGGUGUCCAUGUGCAACAUGGUGCUGGUGGGGCUGCUGUUCUGCAGCAGCACCCUGUGCGUGGGCGCCGCCGCCUUCUCCCACCUGGAGGGCUGGACCUUCUUCCACGCCUUCUACUACUGCUUCAUCACGCUCACCACCAUCGGCCUGGGGGACCUGGUGGCCCUGCAGGAGGGCGACGCCCUCCAGCGCCGGGCGCCCUACGUCACCUUCUGCUUCAUGUACAUCCUGGUGGGGCUCACCGUCAUCGGGGCCGUCCUCAACCUGGUGGUCCUGCGCUUCCUCACGGUCAGCGCCGCCGAGACCCGGGCCGAGGAGCGGGAGCAGCGGCGGGCGGAGCGGGAGAGCGAUGAUGCAGAGCUGAAAGACACCGCGGAGGGGGAGACCCUGGACAGCGGCCCACGUCACCGCCUGUCCCUGCCCGUGGAGGGGGGCAGCAGCCGCACUAACCUCCUCCCCUCCUUCUCCUCCGCCCCUUCCUCAGAGGAGGGGGCCCCAGGCAACACAGUUGCUGCCUCCACCACCGACACCGCCCCCGGCAGGGGUGGCGGAGGUCUCCGCGCUCUGCUCUCCUGCAUGCGCUGUUGCACGGACACGGACCCAGGGUCGGCUCCGUCUCGCGGACACCCGUUUGGUUGUCAUAGCAACCCCAUCUUCUACAACUCCAUCUCCUACAGGGUGGAGCAGAUUGCCACAUCGUCUUCGGCCUUCGGCAGGGGUGGAGGUGGUGGGGCGGGGGGUCUCUACCUGGGCAAGAGAGGUCGGUACACCAGGAGAAAGUCUCUCUAGCUCCGGAGGGUUCGGACAUAUGUUGCUGUUAGUUUGGGCCACGUUGAAAGCUACAUCACCAAUCUGUUAAACGAUCCCAGAUACAAGUUAUUCACUUGACACGUGUAGAAUUAUUCUUUGGAUUGUCCACAUAAAACAAAGACAUACAUAUAUUUGUGAUACUGUGCUAUCUUGUUUUAUUGAAUUUAAGUCUAUCAAUUGUAUUGAAUUCAGGUAUAUUCAUAACUCUGAGAAGAUAGGCCUGCCGUGUAUAUUUAUUUGACCUUUAGGAGAUGGAUAUAAUAAAUUACAGACACACAGUAUGGGACUCCAUCAGAUAGGGUACACACAGAGCACACACAUAUAGGGUCUCAAAUGGGAACCAAAUGUUGCCACUGUAUUGUAAAGAUUGCUUACACUCGGCAAUCAUUGGUGGGUCCCCCUUCUAAUAGGAAGUCACCCUCCACUGCUCUGCCCAGUUCCCUUAGUAACGCUUCUUUCCCCAAAGCCAGUGCAGUGGAAAGAACUGCUGUGUACACGCGGCUUCGGGACAGACGGGUGGAUGGGGAGUGCUUAGUCAACCUCUAUAGGAAGUGGAAGGGUCAAAUGGUUGAAUUCUAAUGAAUCAGAAAGAUUUAAAAGUCAACGGUUAUGUAUUUUCUAUUUUACAAUAUUUGCAAUUUCUCAAUACGUGUUGCGGUGUGGAGAAUCAAAAUAUAAUAAUUUUGUCACAUACAAAGUAUUUAAGACUUUUAUCUGUUAUUUUUUAGAUGUAUUGUAAAAAUGUAACAGGAGUUUAUACUGUACGAAUAAUAGACUGAAUAAAUAUGACCAAUGUAG